GCAAGCGCACCUGCGAGCGUGGGGCGUCUCGAGGUGGCCGGCUGCCGGCGCUCAAGAGCGCGGGGGUUUGUGGCCUGCGUUCGGCCGGCUCCAGUCGCGCACUCUCCGAGGCAGCGAGGCGCAGCGAUCCGUCUCCCCGCGCCCUGGGCAGUGUGGCCAUGGAGAAUCAGGUGCUGACGCCGCACGUCUACUGGGCUCAGCGACACCGCGAGCUGUAUCUGCGCGUGGAGCUGAGUGACGUGCAGAAUCCUGCCAUCAGCAUCACUGAAAAUGUGCUGCAUUUCAAAGCUCAGGGACACGGUGCCAAAGGAGACAACGUUUAUGAAUUUCACUUGGAGUUCUUAGACCUUGUGAAACCAGAGCCGGUUUACAAACUGACCCAGAGGCAGGUAAACAUUACAGUACAGAAGAAGGUCAGUCAGUGGUGGGAGAGACUCACUAAGCAGGAGAAACGCCCACUGUUUUUGGCUCCUGACUUCGAUCGCUGGCUGGACGAGUCUGAUGCAGAAAUGGAGCUCAGAGCCAAGGAAGAAGAACGCCUAAAUAAACUAAGAAUUGAAAGCCAAGGCUCUCCUGAAACUCUUACAAGCUUGAAGAAAGGAUACCUGUUCAUGUACAAUCUCGUGCAGUUCUUGGGAUUCUCCUGGAUCUUUGUCAACAUGACCGUGCGGUUCUUUAUUUUGGGGAAAGAGUCCUUCUAUGAUACAUUCCACACCUUGGCCGACAUGAUGUAUUUCUGCCAGAUGCUGUCAGCUGUGGAAAUGAUCAAUGCAGCAAUUGGUGUCACUAAGUCACCCGUGAUGCCUUCUCUUAUCCAGCUAUGUGGAAGAAAUUUCAUUUUGUUUAUCAUCUUUGGCACCAUGGAAGAAAUGCAAAACAAAGCUGUGGUUUUCUUUGUGUUUUAUUCAUGGAGCGCAAUUGAAAUUUUCAGAUACCCCUUCUACAUGCUUUCCUGCAUUGACAUGGAUUGGAAGGUGCUCACGUGGCUUCGUUACACUGUGUGGAUUCCCUUGUAUCCUCUGGGAUGUUUGGCAGAAGCUGUCUCAGUGAUCCAGUCCAUUCCAGUAUUCAACGAAACAGGAAGAUUCAGUUUCACAUUGCCAUAUCCAGUGAAAAUCAAAGUUAGAUUUUCCUUUUUUCUUCAGAUUUAUCUUAUCUUAUUAUUUUUAGGGUUGUACAUAAAUUUCCGUCACCUUUAUAAACAGCGCAGGCGGCGUUACGGACAAAAAAAGAAAAAGGUCCACUAAAAAGAUCUUGAUGACUUCUUGCCAGUUUGAGCCUAAUCUAUAAUUCUUACAGUUUUACCUUCUUGUACUGAUGUAAAAGUUUUUUUAAAGUUAAAUGAUUAAAUUCUCAGUGAGGCUAUAUUCCCUUCCCCCCAGUAACAUUCCUGAAUUUACCGUAUUAUCUUAGUAUAGUACUUGCAUGACAUGGAUUCCCGGUAUCUGAGGACAGGUUUGUUCUUGUAUAUUCCAUUAAUGACAGCAAGAGACAGCCCUACCCCCAAGCACUCCUUGUCCAGUCGCUUUCACAUGGGCCAGAGGUCCUGCUUCAGUGCCCUAACCCUGCCAGAUACUGGUCAUUCUUACAGCUGGCCUUUGUUCAUUUCAGCUGUUGCUUGGAGGGUUUAAAAAAAAAA